UCAAGUGAUGCUCCAGUUAUCUGAUGCCUCACCGUGUGUGUCAAUGUAGAUUAGAGGGCAAACCCAAUUAAUCCCCAUUUAAAUAUUAGCUUUGACUUUACUAGAGCAGGUGUAUCUUGUGUUGUGUGCUGAGACGCAGACGUUUUCCCUGCAUCCUUCCACUCAAGACUUUUCUUUUUCCCGGAAAGUUUUAGUGUGAGAUGACAACAGCAUGGGCGAUAGGAUGGGGCCAACAGUUUAUCCCCUCAGCCAGUGAGAUUUAAGGGUUGAAAAAGAAACGGUGUGAAUUAUUGAGUGGGUGAAAUAGAUUCAGAUCAGCUAUGGAAAGUGAAAUAAAGAGAGGGACAGAAAUAUUAGAUUCAAAGAAAUAAGAGACCGAGGAAAAGUAGUGAAAACAUCACUUAAAAGAUUAUAAAUCUCAGGAGAAUUUGCUACGUGUGGGACUGAAACCCCACGGUUAAGGCCAUUCAAAAACUACAAAAUAAAUUGGUGAAAAUAUUUCGGGUAAGAGUGUGAAAUUUUAAUAGGGACACGUGAAGUGCAGUGAUGCCAGUACAAUGUGAGUGGUGUUGAAAAAGCUCAGGCUGAAAUUGAGAGAGCUUACGUUUUUAGUUGACCCAACUUGCCCCAUUACAGCAGAGCAUUGAUCAACAAAGCAAACAGAAAUUAGAUCCACUUGGCUGGAAUGGAGAACAAGAUGUAGAAGGUCAUGCUAGAAUUAUAGAGUGCUGUAUCCAGUUUGCAUCACCAUGACACAAGGAAACCAUUCCAAUCCUAGCAUCAGACAAUUGAAUCAAUUGGAAACUCUGGAGAAACUUUAGUUUUUUGGCUUUGAAAGGUGAUUGAAGGUCCAGAGAUACAUGAUGGUGGUCAUAGUGGAAAAGCUAUGACAGUAAGACAGCAGAAUAUGGGUUCAAACUGUUAAAAGGCAAAUUAGAAUUGAUGUCAGGACGUUUUCACGAAUGGAGUCAACUUCCAGCAUUUGGAGAAAUACAGAUGCCUACAAAUAUGCAGAUUCAUGCUUUUAAUCUAAAGUAUCUGCUUAAAUGGGAUGAUGUGCAGAGAAGCAAUUACAGUGUGAACUAUACUGUGCAGUACAAAAGACUACGCCGUGCGGAACAGGUAAACUACACAAUGAACGUAAAUAUCUAUGUUAGAAACUGGACAGAUGUGAAGGGAUGUGAAAGCAUCAGCCAUACAGAGUGUGAUUUCACUUCAACAGACAUCCUCUUUUUUGGACAAUAUAUCCUCCGCCUACAAGCACAAAGAGGGAAUCAAACAUCGGCCUGGUUGACUUCAUCACCCUUUAUUCCCUAUAAGCACAAUAAAAUUGGUCCUCCAUCAAUAAAGGUGGACUCAAAAGGCAGUUUUCUUAAUGUCUACAUCUUGGGCCCCGAAACGGAAAAUCAUCAAUCCAUACAGGAGGUUUAUAAAGAUAUUAAAUACAGGAUAACUUACUGGAAAAAACAUUCUCAUGAACUUAAAAAUAUGAAAAACAGCACUGGUAAAUCGAUAUCAUUGAAACUUGAACCUUGGAUCUCAUACUGUCUGCAUGUUCAGGUUGUCAGCGUUAUAUAUGGUAUUGAAGGACAGCUUAGUCGUGUUGUAUGUGAAAAGAUUAAAGGUACUAUUCAAUUGUGGCAGAUUGGUGUAACCUUCAUUGUCUCACAAGUGGUUAUUUUUGGUGUGGUAUUGGGAUGCUUCUUCUUUGUAUAUGGCACAUACAGAUGCAUAAAGUAUGCCUUCUUUCCUCCACACAUUUUGCCAGAGCAUUUACAAGAGUAUUUCAGUGAACCUUCCCAGAGUGCCUUCCUUAAGCUGCCAUCUGAAGGAGAUGUCGAGGAGUGCUGCGACGAGCUCAAGGUCAUUCUUGAAACCAAAAGCUUGACUUCAUACUCUAGUUCCUUAACUUUACCAAAUACUGGGAAUGAGAAAAAUGAUCAAAGUGGUCAAACCAGUAUAGAUUCUGGACAGUUUUCUAAUGGAGGAAGUUCCAAGAGUGAUGGUACUGAAGAAUUGGAGGGAAGAACGUUAACAGAAUUAGAUCUACAUAAUGUACUUUUGUGAUUAAAACUUCCAUUGAGCCCCAACUUUGUUUUUCAGAUAAAUGUUUGCUCAAGCUGCCAUAAGCGAGUGUGUUUGAGAGAAGAGUUGUUCCUAGCUUAUUUCGUGUUAUGGUGCUCAAAUGCUUUUAAUAUCAACCUCCUAGGAUUUGCCAUUGACCAGAAACUGAACUGGACUGGACCAGCCAUAUAAAUACUGUGGCUACAAGAGCAGGUCAGAGGCUAGUGAUCUUGAGGUGAGUAACUCACCUUCUGACUCCCCGUAGCCUGUGCACCGUCUGCAAGCCACAAGUCAGGAGUUUGAAAGAAUACUCUCCACUCUGGAUGAGUGCAGCUCCAACAACACUCAAGAAACUCAACAUCGUCCAAGACAACGCAGCCGCUUGAUUGGCACCCCAUCCACCAGCUUAAACAUUCACUGCCUCCAUGACUGAUGCACAAAGGUAACAGUAUGUACCAUCUACCGCAUCCACAGCAGCACCUUAUCAAGACUCCUUCAACAGGCACCUUCCAAACCAGCAGCCUCUACCACCUAGUGGGACACGGCAGAAGAUGCAUGGGAACAUCACCUGCAAGUUCCCCUCCAAGCCACGCACCACCUUGACUUGGAACUAUAUCGCUGGCACUGGGUCAAAAUCCUGGAACUUCCUCCCCAACAGCACUGUGGGAGUAUCUACACCACAUGGACUGCAGUGGUUCAAGAAGGUGGCUCACCACCACCUUCAAGGGAAUUUAGGGAAGGGUGACACUUAACUGGCCUAGCCAGUGCUGCCUGCAUCCUGUGAAAGAAUAUUUUUUUAAAGUAAUAACUUAGUUCAUUGUAACAAAUUGUUUCUACCACUCAAUUGACAGACCUGUAACCAUUGCUACUUCACCUUAGUAUUAUACAGGCUGAAAUGCCCACUUUAGGUAUAAAUCAAGUUUCUAAUUGCACAACUGGAUCUUUUUCAUAGCUAAGGUAGACGUGAUAUAAAAAUCAAAUGCCUCUUUUAUUUGUUAAUGCAGCCACCAUGAAACUGACUUGAAAUCCUAGACAGAGGCACUGUUACUGUAGGAGGCGCAGAAGCUAUGUCAAAAUAUUUUCAUGUAAUUAUGUCACAUGUUCAGUGUUAAAGUAAUUUAAGAUUUUUUUAAAAUAUGUAAGUAUCUUAAUUUUGCUAUUGCUGAUAGAAUCCAUAAUGUACUGCCUGAAAUUCAAAAGGGAAUUGAAUAAAUAUCUGAACGAAUAAAAAUUCA